CUGUGUUUUGCUGCAGUAUUUUAGCUUCUUUAAAACUUAAUUAGUCAGGGAUGAUUAUUACAAGGAUUUAACAAAGCAGGUCACCGAACAAACUAGACAGGACUACCUGAACUGUAUAUUUCUCUACUCGGAAACAGACGGAAUGCAGGUAAUUCUGUUAGCUGCAGCAACAUUUAUCUUUACGCAGGACCUCGCAAUUGCAGAGCUGAAGUCGAACUGUCCAUCCAAGUGCGAUGUGAGUAAAUGUCCGAGCCCGAGCUGUCCGAGCGGGUAUGUGCCCGACCGCUGCAACUGCUGUCUGGUCUGCAGCCUGGGCGAAGGCGCGCCGUGUGGUCGGAAGGAAGAUGUCCUGUGCGGCGACGGGCUGGAAUGUAAAUUUCCGACCGGUAAACGACUUUCUAAAGGUGUUUGCCAGUGUAAGACCAUUCACAGAGUAUGUGGUACCGACGGAAAGACCUACGGGAAUGUGUGUAAGAUGAGGACUGCUUCGCGUAAAGCGCAGCAGCGAAGACUCUCCGUGAUAACCCAAAGACACAAGGGCUCAUGUGCACCCUCAAGCUCAGAUCCUGCGCAUCUGAACAGCCCGAGGUACAAGUUUAACUUCAUCGCUGAUGUGGUGGAGAAGAUCGCCCCUGCUGUGGUCCACGUCGAGCUCUUCCUCAACCAUCCACUCUUUGGCCGUCACGUACCUUUGUCAAGCGGCUCUGGAUUCAUCAUGACCCAGUCUGGUCUGAUUGUGACCAACGCUCAUGUGGUUGCUAGCAGUGCAACAGUAACAGGCCGCCAGCAUCUACGAGUGCAGCUACACGAUGGCCAAACCUACGAGGCCUCCAUCAGAGACAUUGACAAGAAAUCAGACAUCGCCACGAUCAAGAUUAACCCAAAGAAGAAAUUACAGGUCUUAUCAUUAGGUCGCUCUGCUGACCUGAGGCCUGGUGAGUUUGUGGUUGCCAUCGGCAGCCCUUUUGCUCUUCAGAACACAGUCACGACAGGCAUCGUCAGCACAACACAGAGAGAUGGAAAAGAGCUCGGUAUCCGGGACUCUGACAUGGGCUACAUCCAGACCGAUGCCAUCAUCAAUUAUGGAAACUCAGGAGGUCCACUGGUUAAUCUGGAUGGUGAGGUGAUUGGAAUAAACACAUUAAAAGUGACUGCAGGGAUCUCUUUUGCCAUUCCGUCAGACCGAAUCAACAAGUUCCUUGAUGAAUCUAAUGACAAACAGCAGAAAGUCAAGCAAAGGGUAGUCAGGACAAACUACACGCAGUCUCAAGCUAUGAGGACUGCCUCAGACGUAAAUGUCCCCAUGAAAAGGUUUAUUGGAAUCAAAAUGGUCACUUUAACAGAGAACCUAGUCCAUGAAUUGAAAUGGCAUAAUCCAGCCUUUCCUGAUAUUGGAAGUGGGAUUCUUGUUCAUGAAGUUAUCGCAGACUCCCCUGCUCAGAAGGGUGGGCUUGAAUCAGGUGAUAUUAUAGUGAAACUAAACGGCCAUCCAUUAAUGAACACUGGAGAACUGCAGGAAGCGAUUCAGGUGGACAUGCCCCUCCUUUUGGAGGUUCGGCGCGGUAAUGACGAUCUGCUUUUUAACAUUGAACCUCAAAUCCUCAUGCAGUGACAAUGGCAGAGAUGAAACCAGAGGAGAGAUAUGAAGGACAAGCUCAAAAGAAGCAGAAUUAUGGCAACUGAAGAGUCCUUCAGUUUCAACUGCUGGAUGACAAUGUAAAAAAGAAGAGCACAAUUAAAAUCUGUUAAAAGAGAAAUGCAGUAAAGAGCAAUAGAUUAUUGUAUCUUAGGGAAAUUAAUUCACUGUUAAUAACUUCAUGAUAUUUUACACUAAGCAUCAAAGUGCCAUUCUGUUAGGAUACACUGCUGAAAGUUUUUGACACUAAGUGCUUUAUGUUCAUCUGAGAUAUUGUUGAUCACAAUAAAUACACCAUUCACAGUGGUCUUUGCAAAACGCUUUUGUAAAGACAGUUGUUGAAGUUGUUUAAAACAUUUUCACAAUAAUUAUGUAUUUUGAUAAAUGGCUAUUAAAUUCGUUUGAAUAAUCGUU